AUGGUGAUGAGAUCCAUCGAAACGAUACUAUCUGUAGCGGUUUUGGCAUCCUCUAUCACGCCCUCUAACGCACUGAAUCCAGAAUGCGCUGCUCAUCCGAGAUGCGGAACAUUAGAAGGAGAUUGCUGUCCCACAAUUGAUUUUAGAUUUUUGGAAUGCUGCGAAGAAGAUUCUAUUCCAACUAGUGCUGCAGAGUGUUCCAGCCAUCCCAUUUGUGCGGAACGGGGUUUGGCGGGAGCCUGUUGUCCAACCCCGGAUGGCAUUUACUUGUAUUGCUGCAAUGACGUUGCAGAAUUGCUCAAUGAUGGAGGAGGAGCUGACGAUGGUGAAACCAGCAACACCAGACCGACGCCGAAUCCCACUCCACCCGUCACACCAGGUCCAACGUUUGCUCCUGUGAUGGGACCAACCCCUCCGCCCACAAAGGCACCCACGUUGGCUCCUACCAAAUCACCGACCAAAGCUCCCACAAAGGCACCCACCAAGGCUCCUACUAGGCCGCCCACACCCGUUCCACAACCUGGUAGUACACCACCUCCUACGGCUGUGACGUCUGCCCCGACCAAGGCUCCCACACCACCUCCUACCCCACCACCUACUGUUCCACCAACACCACAGCCAACUCCAGGACCAACGCAACCGCCGACGCCCCUUCCUACACCGCAACCAACGCCAGGAGCUACACUACCGCAACUAAGCUUUGUUGGUGAUCAACUUUGGGAUUACUAUCAGCUUGGUGAAUGCGAAGGAGAUUGUGAUUUCCAUUCGGAUUGUGCGCUGGGUCUUGUUUGUGGGUUCCGGGACUACGAAGGAGAUAGACCAGGCGUUCCUUCUGUCUCGGUCAAUGGAUGCUCCAGCGACCCACGCGACUUUGGAACGGGAUUUGAAGACUUUUGUCACAGACCCGAACGGGCCGAUACGGCUGUCAUUGUAGCCGACAAGGAAGGGGGUUUGGGAAAGACCUAUCCUCUUGGCCUGUGCGAGGCUGAUUGUUAUGAAGAUUCCGAUUGCCAAGGCAACCUCAUUUGUUUGUAUCUCGUGGAAGAUCAAGAACUGCGUGGGUGUACUGGAUUUGGUGAGGGAGACUAUGGAUAUUGCGUCAUACCUUAA